GUUGGAAUCUCAAAGCGUUUACGUGGCCGCAGCGCAGCAGAGUCACGUUUGAAAGAGUGCGAGUGAGAGAUAGCGACUUAGAGCACCGCGCCGAGUGCGAGUGAGAGAGCGCGCUCCAUCGCCUUUGUGCCUCGUUUCAAAUGCCCGUUUGUCCGUUUUUUUGGCACUGUUGUUCAUUCAUUCACUCGCUUCUGGCGCUCGCGUGCAGUUGCAGUCGCUGCUCCCUCCUAACGGUUGUUUCGCCGUCGCCAGAAUCCCGCUAAAAGGUGCGUGCGUGUUUGUGUGUGCCUCUAACCAACUGAAACUACAGUGCAAUAUACACAAAAAAAUAAAAAACAAAAACAAAAGGAGCGCGAGAAAUGAAAAAGCAAACAAAAUGUAAGCGUGAUGAUAAUUAAAAAUAAAUACAAAGAAGAAAAAAACGAAAUUUACGCGUGGCUACAACUCCGAAACCGAAAACCGCAGCAGGAUCUCAGCGGAUCUGAUCGCACUCAGCUCCUGGCUGUGUCUGUGUGCGAGUCCGUGUGUGUGAGAGUGUGUACCCAGAGCAAGCCAAAUCAAUAAAUAAAAACCAAUUACAAAAGGAAAAAAAGCGAAAUAAGAAAGCCACGACGAGGAAACAACCUGUACGACAGACGAGCAGAAGGCAGCAGAAGACAACAACGAAAUAUUGAUACGAAAAAUAAUAAGAGUUAAAAUCAUUCACGACGGCGACCAUAACGAACUCCGCCCUAGCAAUGAGCCAGCUGGGCACCGUCUACGCCACCAAGCGAAGGCGACGCAACGGCAAGAGCCUGAAGCCGCCGCCCAAGGAUGGCGUCACAAAGAGCAAUCCAUCAAAGCGGCAUCGGGAGCGCCUCAACGCCGAGCUGGAUCUGCUGGCCUCGCUGCUCCCCUUCGAGCAGAACAUCUUGAGCAAACUGGAUCGACUGAGCAUUCUAAGGCUGUCUGUUAGUUAUUUAAGAACCAAAAGUUAUUUUCAAGUUGUUAUGCAUAAGGAUAAGGAGGAUAACGGAGUCCUGCCCCACAUACACGCACAUGACGGCUACAGGACACGAGAACUAGGCGCCUUCGAGCACGGCCUGUUGGAUGGUGAUAUGUUCCUCCAGGCCCUAAAUGGAUUUCUAAUGAUACUGACAUGCGAAGGCGAAGUCUUCUUUGCCACGCACAGCAUCGAGAGCUAUUUGGGUUUUCAUCAGUCGGACAUCGUCCACCAGUCGGUGUACGAACUGGUGCACUCGGAGGACCGCGAGGAGCUGCAGCGCCAGCUGCUGUGGAACAGUUUCCUGCCCGCCGACAUGUCCAGCAUGCAGCUGGCGGAGACCCUGGCGCCGGACAAGGCGCUCUACCUGGAGCGCAGCUUCACCGUCCGCUUCCGCUGCCUGCUGGACAACACGAGCGGCUUCCUGCGCCUGGACAUCCGUGGCCGCAUCAAGGUCCUGCAUGGCCAGAACCGCAAGACGGAGGAGCCACCGCUGGCCCUCUUUGCCUACUGCACGCCCUUCGGGCCGCCCAGCCUGCUGGAAAUCCCGCACAAGGAGAACAUGUUCAAGUCCAAGCACAAGCUGGACUUCUCCCUGGUAUCAAUGGACCAGCGCGGCAAGCACAUCCUGGGCUACGCGGACGCCGAGCUGGUCAACAUGGGCGGCUACGAUCUGGUGCACUACGAUGACCUUGCCUAUGUGGCCAGCGCCCAUCAGGAGCUUUUGAAGACGGGUGCCUCUGGCAUGAUCGCCUACCGUUACCAAAAGAAGGAUGGCGAGUGGCAAUGGCUGCAGACGAGCUCGCGCCUGGUCUACAAGAACUCCAAGCCGGACUUUGUGAUCUGUACGCACCGCCAGCUGAUGGACGAGGAGGGCCACGAUCUGCUGGGCAAGCGCACCAUGGACUUUAAGGUCAGCUACCUGGACACGGGACUGGCGUCCACCUACUUCUCCGAGGCGGACCAGCUGGUAGUGCCUCCGAGCACCUCCCCCACGGCCCACGCUCUGCCGCCGCCGGUGACGCCAACGCGUCCAAAUCGCCGCUACAAGACGCAGUUGCGCGACUUCCUUUCCACUUGUCGCAGCAAACGCAAGCUCCAGCAGCAGAACCAACCACAGACGCAGCAAACCUCACCACUUGGUGGCCAGGUGGGAUCCCCUGCUCCGGCUGUAGCCGUGGAGUACUUGCCCGAUCCGGCAGCUGCAGUGGCCGCUGCCUACUCCAACCUAAAUCCCAUGUACACAACCUCGCCGUAUGCCAGUGCCGCGGACAAUCUAUACAUGGGUAGCUCCAUGCCGGCCAACGCCUUCUACCCAGUCAGCGAGAACCUCUUCCAUCAGUACCGGCUGCAGGGCGCCGUCGGUGGCUACUACACGGAUUAUCCCCACUCCGGCGCUCCAGCCUCAGCUUACGUAGCUAAUGGAUUUCUCUCUUACGACGGAUACGCCAUUGCUUCCAAAGCGGACGAAAAGUGGCAAGAGACUGGAAAGUACUACAGUGGCUACAGCAGUGGCUAUGGAAGUCCAACAUCUACGCCACAGGUACGAAAACAAAUUCCUCUGAAGACGCCGAAAUCUUCACCCCAGGUGAUGGAGGUGAUAUCUUGCUCCUCGGACGGUCCAUCACCUGUGGGCGGAGCCACGCCCAACGGAGUCGGAAGCGUUACCCCCAAAGUUGAGUUGGCCGGAACAACGGCGGCAGCAGCAGCGGGUCAAGAUCCCUACGAGCGUCAAACGGUGCUGAUGUGGGGCACCACGCACUCGAGUGGGGUACCGCUAAAUAGUCAUGGCGGUCGAACUGGAGCCGGAAACCCUGCCUCACCACAGCGAUCCACUCCUCUUGGCAACGGAUUGGGCUACGCAAGCGCCAAUAAUAACAACAACGAUCUUGAACCUGCCACGGCUGCCAAGUGGAACGGAACAAAGGAGCUGCCGGGCAAGUCGGGCAGUGCCAGUACGCCGGAGAGCUACCAGAUGCAGCAUGAUGAUUCCGGCCUUUACUCCGCCUCUUCGCACACAACCUCUCCGCAGCAGCAACAACAGCAGCAGCUCCAACAAUCACAGCGAGGAGUUGGUUCCAAUGUUAGCGCUCCCAGCAGCUCACUCACUAGCACGGGCACAGAUCAGCAGGCGGUGCACCCAUCCAGUUGCCAUCAACAACAGCAGCAGCAGCAGCAACAACACCAUCACGCCCACCCGCAUCCGCACUCGCAUCAUCACCACCAUCAUCACCAUCACCAUGAGACGGCGCAUCAGCACAGCAGCGAGGUAUGGACGCCCGCCUCCUACACGCAGUACUCGCAGUACUUCACGUACCAUCAUCCGCAUCCGCACCCACACCAUCCGUCGGCUGGCGGCGGUGGCCAUGUUCCGGCCCAGUCGCAUCACCUGCACCACGGCCACCGCUAGAAGACGAAUAGAUUGCACCAGUAAUGAAGCACCCGCACUCUCUGUACUCACCCACAACCACUCACCUUCUUCUGAAACCAAUAGAAACCCACUUCAGUGCACCCAAGUGUGCUCUCUCGCCUGACUACUAACCAUAACGAUCCUCCCUAGAUCAUUCUCACCACCCAUCAUCAGCAACAGUCGCAGCAGCAGCAGCAAUCGCUCGCUGGCUACCCGCUGCACCACCAGCUGGUGGGAGUUGGAUCAGGAUCACCGCCGCCGCAGCCGCCAGUCGCAUUGUCCCGCUCGCCCACGACCUUGCCGGCGGUCAGCAGCUUGCUGAAUGGAUCGGCUUCAGCAGGAGGAGCAUCGGAUAUUCCAUACCAGCAAUUGGCCAUUGUGUCCGCUCCUCUGGUGAUUUGCGCCGAGGAGGUGGGUGGAGGCGUCAGCAGCAUUGGCCGCAAGUCAUCCAAGCAGCAACAGUCCCUGCAACACCUGCAGCAGCAACAGUCACUGCAACAGCAGCAACAUGCAAUUUAUCAGCAGCAACAUCACCACUCGCAGCAUCAUCCGCAUCAUCAGCUGCUCUAUCCGGCGAACAUUACGGCGCACACCGCGCUGGCUUAUGCCCCGCCCACGGCCGGAGGCGCAUAUGCCGAUGGCAGUCCGCUGCUCUCCUUCUCCGAGGUGACCAACACGCUACUGAACCAGUGAAUGUGCAGGGAGGAGGCGGGGAAGGGAACCGUUCAACAGUUUUGCCAAAAUGUGGACUAUGACUAUCGUAUCUUCCAUAAUCUGAACCAGCAACGAAUGGAUAUAGCCAGCGCACGCCAUUCGUCCACCCACUCCUUGGUUGAUUCUCAGAAAACUGCAGCAGCCGCAGCAGAAAUAAUUUCUAUUUAUUUUACUGUGAUAAUUUAUAGAUACAUUGUAUUGUAUGUGAAACUAGGUUUGCCCGUCAACAAAAAAUCCAAAACAGCCGUAUCCAAUCUUCCAGGGAAUCGGGUAUGGGUACUGCAACCUUAAUCAGCACAAAGUUACGAAGCCAAUCCCCGUUGAUCCCAAGCAAUCAUGAUGGGUAGAUGGCGGUUAGCAUCGACAUUUAAUUUCAGUUGUAGAUACAACCAAAGAUUUCUCUAACUUAUACUUAUCGUUUUAGCAUAAUACGAUCCAUCCAAUUGGCUUCGGUUUGUAGCGCCAAACUUUAGUUACAUUUUAGUUACACUCGUGAUCGGAGUGAGAAAUAAAUGCCUAAACAGUUGCGAUUAAGAGUGCUUAAGUAGCAUUUAAGUGAAUAACAGAUGCUUGUAUCCAUAUUUAAUUGAACUUUAGACGUAACGAGUAUUGCAAGAUAAAGUAAUUUUCAUGAUUCCUAUCGUUUAGCAAGUAACUAAAUUAAUCCGUAAGCGGAUAUACCCGCAUACAUAUAUUGUAUUGUAUGUUUAAAGUUUUCUUGGAAUUUCUAGUCGCCCGCAUAAAAACAUUUACUUAUAAACUAAAAAAAUACAAGAGAUACCAAUUGAUGGUAGAUUUAUGUAUAAUAUUUUGCAAUUCGGCAGGCAUUACUGUAGGUAGUCUGUACUACCGACUAUUGGUAACCAGCAAUGUAUGAGCUAUCCAACAUUACAGCUUAAGCAUUGAUGAUUGAUCAUGUAUUCAAAAACAUAUAUUUAAAUUGUAGAUAAUCUGUCAGCUAAUAAACGAAAUAUUUAAUAAAAUCUCAAUUAUAAAUUUAUAAAAGAAUCCCGAGUGCACGUAAAGCGCGCCUAUCCAAAACAAUCAGAGCGAAAUAAAUCUAGAAAAUAAUCGAAUC